AUGCUUCACUAUAAUGAUGAUGUCAACGCUGAAACAAUUCGGACUCUGCUUAAAUGGGGUGCGGAUCCUACAAGAAUCAUUGAAGAAGAAGGAUAUAAAUCUGCUUUACAUCUAGCUACACUUGGUCAAAAUCCAAGAAUUUUAGAAGUCAUUGUACAAUGCAGAAACGUUGAUAUUAAUUCAACAGCUGAAGGACGAAGUGCGCUUCAAAUACUUAUCACUGAUGCAGAACCAAAACCUAAAAUGGAGGAAUGUGUUGAGGUUUUGUGGAGACAUGGAAUUGAUCUUCAUUAUCCUGAUGAAAAGAACAACACUGCGUUAUAUUUUGCAGCAAAGAAGAAACUCACCAAAAUUGUCAAGUUUAUUCUCUCUAAAGACAACACCGUUACCUCCAAGGAAGCUGAUGUUUUACGAAAACUAGAUCCAUCAUUAUCAUUCGUUAUUGACGAUUCACCUCGAAAUCUAGAUGGAUUAGAUUAUUUAAAAAAGAAGAAUGAAUCUGGUUUUAUUACAUGGCUUGCAAAACAUUCAGAUUUUGAUGAAGAUUCAAUGGAGAAAUCAUUUUUGCAACUUGCAUGCGAACAACACCUCUUACAAGUUGUUGAUUUCCUCAUUGACAGAAAUCCAAACAAAGUAGGUCGUGUUGAAACCCACCCGUUGAUAUUGGCAGUAGAAAAUGGUUACUACCAAAUUGUAGAACGACUUUUAAAUGCACCAGGUAUUGAAAUACCUCGUGGUGUUCUCAAUGCAGCACUAAAACGUGUCGAUUGGGAUGGUGAUAAUAAAGUUAACUACCAACGCACGUGUGAGAUGAUUCUUGAUAAUUCUAGGGUGGAUGUUAACGAACGCGAUAAGCUCAAUGGUAAUUAUCCAUUGCAUUAUGCUGUGAAAUAUGGAGGAAAGAAAGUUGUGCGUGAAUUACUCCGUCGGAAAGCGUCCUUGGCGAAUAGAGACAAGUUGAACUUUAAAGAACACCUGGAUUCUUGCAUUGAAGCACAUCCAGGUGAUCCAAAGGAUCAAAAUCGUGAAGGCAUGUUUUUAACUUUUGACUACACCACUCUCUUCCCUUCAGAAGGUUAUAGUUUUGAAAGACCUGAUUCAGAAAUGCAGAUUCUAAACGCAGUGGUUAAAGAAAGUGAUGUAGUUUUACACAUGACCAAAGAUCGUGAAUUGAAACCACUGCUACAACAUCCUCUGAUUGUUAGUUUUCUCUACGUGAAGUGGCAUCAAGUGCGUUUUCUGUUUUUGGUUAAUCUAAUCACGUAUCUACUGUUUUGUGCUUCGUUGCUUUGGUUUAUUCUGAAUAACUAUGAUAACCCAGACAAGGUACGCAUAGAUUUUCCGUACGUGUUACUAUUUAUCACUACACUGUUGAUAUCAGUGAGGGAAGUAAUACAAAUGCUGUUUAGCCAAAAGUACGUAAGAAACACCGAGAAUUGGGUUGAAGUUGGACUGCUUAUUGAUGUAUACCUCAUGUUGUUAUGUCCGUCAACUGAUAAGGACAGACGACCUAUGUUUGCGAUUGCAAUUUUACUAGCUGCAUUGGAACUGCUAUUUCUUCUUGGAAGUGUUCCUGGAUUGUCUACUUAUAUUGUCAUGCUUCGAACUGUUUCUUUCAAUUUCGUUAAGUUUUUGUUAUUUAACGCCAUUUUGAUUAUUGCGUUUGCAUUUUCCUUUUACACACUCUUCAGAAAGGUUCCGGAUGAAAGUGCGAAUUCAACCAAAUCAGUUAUUUUGGAUAAAACUGAGUCACAAACAGAAGUCCCGGAGAAGAAAGAAGACCCAGCUUUCUUUUCGAAUAUUUAUCUUGCUUUAUUCAAAACAUUGGUUAUGCUUACUGGAGAGUUUGAAGCAGGCGAUUUAGAUUUUGACCAGUUUCCAAUUGCGUCACAUUUGAUUUUUAUCAUGUUUGUGGUUUUGAUUGCGAUUAUCCUACUGAAUUUAUUAAAUGGUUUGGCCGUGAGUGAUACACAAGAGAUCAAGAGUGAAGCCAAGUUGGUUGCACUAACUGCACGUGCCCAAUACAUAUCCUAUAUUGAAUCUAUGAUAUUUGGUAAUGUAUUGCCGUCGACAUGUGCUCGCAGUGCUUGGAGUUGGACUCCAAGAAGCAAAAUGAUGAACUGUUCGAGAUGGUGGUUGACCCGGGUGUGUAUCGGGCCGCAAUUGGAGGGUAAUCGAUUGAAAGUUUUUCCAAAUCAAGAAGGUCGAAUUGAAUGGCGGUAUAAGGCGAGAAAAACAUGUACAGCUCUGUGUGGAGGUGAUAAGAUUGACGAAAGCACUAUUAAAUUGGCAAAGGCAAUUGUUGCACAACGUGAGCCUAUGGAUGAAAAUAUUCUUUGUAGAAAACUUAAUGGAAUGAUUCAAGAGUUGGCAGAAAUUUUACAUCGAACUCGAAAACAGAGUUAAUUUACCUAUUGAAUAAGUAUUAAAAUUUAAUAAAAUAAACUUGUGUUGAAAAAUAUAA